ACCACAGAAACUCCGCUGGCCGAGCUUCCAGAACUCCCAUCGGCCCAGCUUGGCCUCCGCCCAGCUCCAGAUUAGCUGCCAGUCUGUGUUUCAGAUGAAUCUGCUCCAGAAGCUCUCCCUGCUGCAGCUCACUGCUCUGCUGGAGAAGCAUACCCCUACAAACAAACAUGGCUUCAGCUGGGCUGUGCCAAAGUUUAUGAAGCGGAUCAAGGUGCGCGACUACAAAGACAGGAAUGUGUUUGGUGUGCCACUACAAGUCAUCGUCCAGCGGACAGGCCAGCCCCUCCCUCAGGGAAUCCAGCAGGCUAUGCGCUACUUGCGCAAUCAGUGCCUCGACCAGGUGGGUCUUUUCAGAAAAUCAGGAGUUAAGUCUCGAAUCCAAGCUCUGCGCCAGAUGAACGAGGCGAGUGGCGCAGAUGGGGGUGGAGUCAGCUACGAGGGCCAGUCGGCUUACGACGUCGCAGACAUGCUGAAGCAGUACUUCAGAGAUUUGCCAGAGCCCCUGCUCACGAGCAAACUAUCUGAGACCUUCCUCCAGAUCUAUCAGUACAUGCCUAAGGAGCUCCGUCUGCAGGCUGCUCGAGCCACUGUGUUGCUGCUGCCCGACGAGAACCGAGAGGCACUGCGAACGCUGCUGUGUCUGCUGAGCGACGUGACAGCCAGCGUGGCCGAGAACCAGAUGACUCCCACCAACCUGGCCGUCUGUCUGGCCCCGUCGCUCUUCCACCUCAACACCCUUCGCCGCAAGGAGAGCUCCUCGCCAAGGGUGAUGAACCGGAAGCAAACGCUGGGAAAGCCGGACCAGAGAGACCUGAAUGAGAACCUGGCCGCCACUCAUGGCUUGGCACACAUGAUCCAGGAGUGCAGGAAACUCUUCCGGAUACCAGAGGAGAUGAAUCGCUGCAGGAACUCCUAUGUGGAGCAGGCGCUGCUGCCCCGACGCUUGGAGGAUCUUGCGGGUGAAGAGGCUGGGCAGGGAGGCUACAGGGCGUACCUGCGGGACAGCCUAGACGCCCUCCUCAAAGAGGCCAAGGACAAAUUUAGAGGUUAUGACAGCUGCUCCACACCCGAGCACGCCGAGCUGGCCUACAGAAAGGUGCACGAUGGGUUUCCACUGCGGCUGUGGAAGGUGACCGUGGAGAUGCCCGCAAGUCCCGAGGAGGUUCUGACGCGGGUGCUGCGUGAGCAGGGCCACUGGGACGAGGACCUGCUCGAGAGCCGAGUGGUGGAGACCCUGGACGAGAGGACGGAAGUCUACCAGUACGUCAGGAACACCAUGGCUCCGCAUCCCACCAAAGACCACCUGGUGCUCAGAACAUGGGUGACAGACCUGCCAAAGGGAGCGUGUGCACUUGUCUGUACAUCUGUGGACCAUGAAGGGGCACCCGUUGUGGGCGUUCGAGCCAACGUCCUCACCUCACGCUACUUCAUCGAGGCCUGUGGAACCAACAAAUCCAGACUCACACAUAUUUCCAGGAUCGACUGCAGGGGUCGUUUUCCAGAGUGGUACAAUAAACUGUAUGGACACUUGUGUGCUGCUGAGGUGGCGCGGAUACGUGACUCAUUCACUGCACCCAUGGACAAAUGAGAAAGCAGUGUGCAACUUGGGCAACAACAGUCUCAACAACCCUCUCCUUUGAACCCUCUCCUUUUGGACCAUUAUUUGGAUCCUACUGGGGACUUUAAAUGACUCAUUCCACCCAUUCUAACACAGAGGUAGAUGGGGUCCAAACCUCUUUAUACACACAUGUAAAGGACAAACCCUGGAUCCUGGAUUGAAGGACUUUUUAUUUUAUUUUAUUUUUUUGCUCUGGUUAUGUCACAGCAGACUGAUAUUAACAUUUUAAACAGUUUUAUCAGAGCUCAGUGUGCUGCCAAGAGGACGUAUGAGCAUGUCACACAAACAUUUAUCUGGGCCAAAGGAGAUGAUGUCGCUGAUACAGGAUGUGAGGUUUAAACUUUAUCUGAAGGGUGCUAUUGCUUCUGAGAAGCAAGGGGGAUUCAAUGUGAGUGUAUGAGCGCGCAUGCUUGUGUAUGUGUGUGUGUGUGUGUGUGUGUCUACAAAGCAACAAACGGUUAAAAAAUACAUAUUCUUUGCACUGGUUUCCAGUCGCAGUAUAAUGUGUACAUACAGUAUUCUGUUCACAGUAAUGGUUGGUGUCUGUCUUGUGUUACCUCUGUCCCUUUUUCUGUUACAGCAAAGCACAGCAGGAGUAGCAGACAAUAUUAUGAUCAGUUGAUUGAUGAAUCCAUGGGUGAAGAAAGAUGCGAAUGUGCUGGUAAUGGGCAGAUUGAGUGGAGACAAUAGACGGGAUAUAGUGAGAUAACAGGUGGCCGAUAGAACAGAGGGUUCUUGUGUUGCAGUAGAGGAAAGCAGAGACAGAUGAGAUCGGUGGCUGGCUCACCAAAAAGAAAGAAAUGAUCAAAGAAAGGGGCUCAUUUACUGACAUAUAAAUAGAUGUUUCCUCAUUCCCUCAAGAAGAAUUUAAUUCAGAGAGCCUGAGUGUGUCACGAGUUUGAUAUAGUUAGAUAAGUUUUUUUUACUCUCGAAGAUACACAGGCAAAAUAAAUAAUGAUGCGACUACGUGCAACAUGAUGCAAAAAGCCAAUUAUUCAAUUACUUUCACUCAGUGUUAGAGAAAGGAAAUGUUGUAGAAUCAAGCAGACAAACUAAAAUAGAAGACCAACAGAUUUAUUGGACCAAAUUUGUAAAAAGCUAAAAGAAGCAGUUUUUCCCAUUUUAAGUGUGUCCUCUUUGAUAAAAGUGUUUAGAGCACAGCACAAUUCACAGUUUUUGAAAUUCUUGUAGAACACACAUCACUUGUAAAUGCAAAAAAAUAAAAAUAAAAACAAUAAGAAAAACGUAUUUUUACAUGAGAACAGAAAAAAGAAAAAAUGCACUGUUCUAAAUUGCAGCAGGAACCUCUGGUUAGCCCUAUAAGAAAAGACGAGAAGUAAACAGAAAAAAAAGGUCCUUUUAUAAAGGUGGAGAUUUUACAGGUUUUACUGUAAAGAGGAGGGCAGGUUGAAUGUUUGAAGGAAAAAUAUCUUUGUGUAUGCUUCUUUUCUCUGUACUGUCUUGUCCGUGUUAAAGAAGAAGUAAGAGAUCUGUGGUCCUCAUAACAUAAGUUGACCUUCGUCGCUUCGUAACAUUUGUGCUUCAAUCUGAGGGCUCGCUUUUCUCAUGUCAAGUUGUAUGAUUAAUUCACUAAGCCAUUGUUCAUAUCAUAAAUGUUUUUAAUGUUUAACUGUGUCUCCUGCCAAAUAAUAACGCAUGACAAUGACAGUUAAUUUAAAACAAAUAUAUUUAUACCUCAGAUAUAUGUUUGUUUUGUAUCAUACCAUUUUAUUUUAUUUUAUUGUAAAUGUUAAGCUUUGUGUUACAGAAAUGAACAAAUGUUUUAUCUUUUUUAUUAAUAUUAUUUCUGUACAGGUUAAUCAAAGUGCACUAUUAAAUGUAUUAAAAUAAUAA